GUGCAGCUUUCUCUUCACAUCUUCUGCCUCCUGAAGUCUUGAGCUCUUGUUUUUGCUGAAGUCAGGCACAGAGAGGACGAAGAAAGUUUUUUAACUGCACUAAAAUACACUGAAGGUGCUCAAAAUUAAGGUUCAGCUUUCAGAAUGAAGAUGAUUGUGUGGUUUGUGUUUGUGCUGGGUGCCCGCUCUGCUGCAGGAGACGUUUUCAUUGCAAAAGUCGGGCAGAAGGUCACCUUGAACUGUGAGGUCAGCAGCUACACACGCUCUCUGGUGUGGCGUCGUGGAGAUGACCUUCUUUGUUCUGUUGAUCAGAGAGGCUUCAAUCGCAAAGGCACUAUUGACCUUGCAAAGAGGUCAGCCGUGAGACAUGUGAAUCUGGAAAUCUCUGGUGUGAGAGAAACAGAUGCUGGAAAGUUCACAUGUUUGGCAGAUCAGACACUUCGAGAACAUUCACUUGCUGUGGUCUCAGUGUCGGUCUCUGUCGCUCCCUCUGCUGUUCUCCAGCUGGGCAGCGAGGCAACGCUGCAGUGUGACGUCAGAGGUCUGGAUGAAGGUUAUGAAGUGAAGUGGAAGAGUCCGAAUGCAGGUUUACCUGAAGGGACGUCGACAACUCAACUCAAACCUGUAACAAGCUUACAUGAUGGGACCUGGCAGUGUGUCAUCACCUAUGGCGGCAACCAGAUCAGUGAGAGUCUGACCAUCAAAGUAAAAGAGCCUCCUCCUAAAACAACUCCACCAGACAGAACGAAGAACAUUACAAUAUUUGUACCGGUUGAUCAGAAGGCACCCUGUGUGAUAUGCACUGCCACGGAUGAUCCAUUGGGAAUCUCCUGUUGGAUGUGGCUUGCAAUGGGAGUGUGCUGCCUGUUUGGGAUUCUCCUGAUGCUUUGUGUCAUGGUUUGUGUGAAUGUUUUUUGUAAGGGGGACAAACAGAGGCCACUGGAGAGGAAUUCAUCAAAUCUUUAUGUGUAAAGUUGAUGAUUGAAGGUGAAACAAAGAAGAAUAGCUUGAAGACGCCCGGCACCGCUGUGUGUACAGAUUAUGCAGGACUUCUGCUCAGUGUGAUUCUUCUCUGAAUGUGUAACUGAUUGUUGUCAUCCUCACUUUCUCCAUCGAGUUCCUACAAAAGUCCUGGCACGCUUCACAACUGACAAAAGUGUAAAUGAAUCAGGCUGCAUGUUACACACUUCAGUGAAUUGGUGCAGAUGUACAGAUGAGGUGUUGUCUGAUCACAAA